AUCAUCAAAACUGUAAAGGCGCUCCCUCACGGCCCAACGUUUCACUCUUUUCGCGAGCAGGGAUCAGUCCCCUCCUCUUCUGUUCCCGCCGCCAUUGCUCUCCUCUCUCACUCUCUCUUUCUCUCUCUAGUUCCGUUGGCUCUCCAUGAAAGCUCUGCGAACUGCUCGUCUCCUUUCCUCAUCCCCAUCCUUAACCCCUUUCCUCUCCCGAUUCAACUCCACCUCCCCCCUCUCCGACUCCGACGACCCUUCCACCUCCGCCUCCGCCUCCGCCGACUUCAACAGCAAAGACUUCUCCCUCCCGACCUCCACCCCAAGCCCUAACCCUAGACCCACAUGGAGCAAGACCUAUCGGCAGAAAGCCGACCGCCUUCUGUCUGUUCGACGAAAUGCUCAGCUGAAACAACGAGAAGAGGAUGAAGAUGACAACGAUGAGGAAGAGGAUGAGGAGGAGGAGGUUGAGAGAGAUAGGAUGCUGGCGAGGACGCUCCUCGAGGCGUCGCUGCUGCCGCCUGAUGACGCCGAGGAUGCGGUGAAGCAGGAGGACCAGCAGUCGCUGUCGGUUGGGAUCAUCGGGGCGCCCAAUGCCGGGAAAUCUUCAUUGACUAACUUCAUGGUUGGAUCAAAAGUUGCUGCCGUUUCUCGUAAGACAAAUACCACCACACAUGAAGUUUUGGGAGUGAUGACCAAAGGGAACACUCAAAUAAGCUUUUUUGACACUCCAGGACUCAUGGUUGGAAAGAGCGGACUCCCAUUUAGAACAGAUGUUAAAUUUCGUGUCGAAAAUGCUUGGAGCUCAAUUGAUUUAUAUGAUCUUUUGAUAGUGAUAUUUGAUGUCCAUAGGCACCUGACUAAGCCUGACAGUAGGGUGAUAAAAUUAAUCAAACAUCUGGGCGAAAAGGUUAACCCUGAACAAAAGAGGUUAUUGUGCAUGAAUAAAGUUGAUCUAGUGGAGAAUAAGAAAGAUUUGCUAAAGGUUGCUGAAGAAUUUGAAGAUCUUCCUGGUUUUGAGAGGUUCUUCAUGGUAUCUGGACUAAAAGGUUCUGGUGUAAAAGACCUUCUUCGGUAUCUCAUGGAGCAGGCAGUUAAAAGACCUUGGGAUGAAGAUCCCACCAUCAUGAGUGAAGAAAUUAUGAAAACUAUUGCAUUGGAGGUGGUUCGAGAGAAAAUGUUAGAUCAUAUUCAUCAGGAGAUUCCAUAUGUUAUUGACCAUCGGUUGAUGGACUGGAAGGAGCUCAGAGAUGGUUCUCUUAGAGUGGAACAACAUUUUAUCGCUCCAAAACAAAGCCAACGCCAGAUUCUCGUAGGAAAAAAUGGCUCAAAGAUUGGGAGAAUAGGCAUUGAAGCCAAUGAGGAGUUGAGAUCCAUAUUUAAGAGGGAGGUGCAUCUCAUUCUCCAAGUUAGAGUUGCUCGAAGGAAGAAUGCGUAGAGAAUUAUUGGUCACUUCCUUGAUGCUGGAUAAUGAAUUGGUUGACGGGUUGACUGAAGAGCUGUGAAAAUUUUCGCACGUAAAUGGUGGUUAUCGGUGUAUUUGCCCUGUAUGAGUCAUCAAAUGUGUCCUACCUGAAGGUUUUACGUCUUAAAUGGGGCUCUAUCUGAAGGAUUUUUUCCUGGGAUAUAUGGCCGGCCACAAAGCCGUGGCUGACAAUUUGGGGGCCCGGUUCUAAAUUUCAAUCGGGGCCUCUUAAUCAAUCUUCAGAAGAAAUUAAUAAUUGUUUUUA